AUGUCAAAUUCGUCUGAAGUUUUAAAUGGUGCCAGCAAUGUUCCUCCGGCAGAAAUUGCCUUCAUGAUCAUUGGUACCAAUACCGACGGAGUUAUUAUCGACGUAGCAAAGUCAGGCGACCCGUCUUCAAGAGGGGUUGUCGCGUCUUUUAAACACGCCACUACCCCAGAUGUUACCACAGGGAUCGAAUUGGCUGUCAAAAGAGUUUUAGACCAAUCUGGAAUCGACCCUGGGAGUGAAUCAAUUCUGAGUUUGACGAUCGGAACAACGCAUUUUAUUAACGCCGUUGUACAACUAGAUUCAUCUAGGCUAAACAAAGUAGCGGUUUUACGCCUAGCUGCGCCGUACACGGGUGAAUGUCCUUCUUUCAUAGACUUUCCUCCAGACCUGAAGGCACUUUUAAACGGGUAUACUUCCAUCAUAAACGGAGGCUUACAAAUUGACGGAAGGACAAUUAACGACGUUCGCGAGGAAGAGGUCGUCCAACAGGCCGCAAUCAUCAAACAGAAAGGAAUAAAGAAUAUUGUUUUGGUUGGAAUUUACUCCCCUCUUGAUGUUCAAGGUUCUCAGGAGUACAAAGCUAGAGACAUUCUACGAAGAGAACUAGGUGACGGCGUCAACAUCGUUUGCUCGCGAGACGUGGGUCAUGUAGGGCUUAUCGAAAGAGAGAACGCGUCCAUCCUCAACGCGUCAGUCUUGACAUUUGCACAGCGUACGAUACGGAGCUAUAAGCGCGCGAUGAAGAGGCUCGGUCUCAAGUGCCCCUUGUACCUAACACAAAACGAUGGGACAUUGACUUCGGCAGCAGAGGCGGCUCGUUUACCAAUCAAAACAUUUUCGUCUGGGGCAACCAAUUCAAUGCGAGGGGCAUCAUACCUUGCUGGCAUAGAUUUAAAGAGCAAAGAGGGACCGGGAAAGAGUAUGAUUGUGGUUGAUGUGGGCGGGACUACCACUGACGUCGGGGUACUGCUCCCAAGCGGGUUCCCUAGACAAGCAGCAGCUUUCAUUGAAGUCGCUGGUGUGAGGACAAACUUCACGAUGCCAGACGUCCAUUCCAUUGGACUCGGAGGCGGCUCUAGAAUUCGGACAGAUCAAGAUGGCAAAGUCACCGUCGGACCAGAUUCUGUUGGGCAUUACCUGACAAGAGACAGUCUAAUAUUCGGUGGAAGCCAGGUAACAGCGACUGACAUCAUGGCCGCCCAUUCCCCGGAACUAAACAUUGGAGAUCGAACCUUGGUUGCGAAUGUGGAUGGGGAGACAGUUCAGAAAGCUAUCAAAGCGAUGACACGGACUUUAGAGACAGUCAUUGACCGUAUGAAGACCAAUGCAGAGGAUUGUGAUGUUCUGUUAGUUGGAGGGGGAUCCAUUAUUGCGCCCAGCGCUCUCAAAGGUGUCAGGAAUAUAAUAAUUCCUCAACACCACGAAGUCGCGAAUGCAGUCGGAGCAGCGAUCGCCAAUGUCUCCGGAGAAGUGGACACCAUUGAGAUACUCAGCGGGAAAAGUCUCUCCGAGGCCGUCGACCGUAUCAAGCGCCAGGCAAUUGGGAGAGCCGUCGACAUGGGCGCCGACUCAGAGAGUUCGAGAAUUGUGGAUGUAAAUGUACUCCCUAUCCAGUAUGUCACUAACCAGGCCACAAGGAUUAUUGUUAGAGCUGUUGGCGAGCUUAAAGAUGACGAGCAAGUUCUGUCUUCAUCACUGGACGCAUCCGAAGAGCACGGCGAAGAUUGUGAUGACAAUGAUGGUGACAACGAAGCUAUCAUUAACACCCCUAUUAUUCAAGAAAAGGUCGAUUAUACUACAUAUAAACCGAAGAUUGUGGACAACAAAUGGAUACUCUCGGAAACUGAUCUAUUUUUUAUUAUGGAAGGAUGUGGGGUCCUUGGGACGGGUGGAGGAGGUUCCCCAUACCCUAUAUAUCUGAUGUGCCGCCAAGCUCUCCGAGAUGGAGGUACUAUUAAAAUCAUAGAUCACACCGCGCUCAAUGAUGACGAUAUAAUUGUUCGAGGAGGCUUUAUGGGCUCACCUUCAGUGGGAUUUGAACGAAUCAAGGGAGGAGAACACCUGCGUGUAGGCGGUCUGGAGUUGGCGAAAUAUUGUGGUAUCACAAAUUUUACGGCGACACUUUGCGAUGAAAUUGGUGGAGGGAACGGAAUGCAGUCACUGUUGAUGUCAAAUAUAUAUCAUAUCCCGGCCUUGGAUGGCGAUCUUAUGGGACGAGCAUAUCCAAUGCUAGACCAAGUUCUUCCAGCGGUAUAUAACAGACCAAACUCACUAGUACCGUGCUCUCUGUACGACGGAGAUGGGAACGCCGUUAUAUUAUCAAAGGUCAAGAACGACCAUUUCGUGGAAUCCAUCAUGAGGGUUGUCACAGCUGAAAUGGGGUCCUCGGCGGCACUUUGCCCUCCUCCAUGUGCACUACGCGAUGCACGGGACUUUGGUGUUAACAGAAGCCAAAGCCAAGCAUGGCGGAUUGGAAGAGCGAUUGCAAUUUGCAGGCAGACUAAUGACAUGAGCGGGAUUGUGGACGCCAUUAUGAAGCUCCAGAACGGGAAAUGCUUGUUUAUUGGCAAGAUCAUUGAAGUGACGAGGGAGGUCCGAGCAGGUUUUACAUGGGGUCAAGUGCGCAUUGCACGCCUUCGAGAUGACGAAAUCGAAGACGUUAUCCAGCAAAACCAGAUAUCCAAAACCGCAGAAGAGACGAUGGAAGGCCCUGAGGAUGUUAUGAUUAUACCCUUCCAGAAUGAGAAUUUGUGUGCGUACUUGGAGAGACCAGAUGGGACCCGAAAGAUCGUGGUGAGCGUCCCGGACUUGAUCACAGUGCUCGACUCCCAGAAUGCGUAUGGGCUUCGGGUUACAGUUAUUGCUAUGGCAGGCCACCCGCUUUGGCGAUCUGAAAGGGGCCUAGUUGUGGGCGGCCCCACGGCCUUUGGUUUGGAUCAUACUUUCGAGCCUCUGGGAGAUUACAUCGAGCCCAAGUCUGUCAUUGAAGAAUACAGAGGUCAAUGA